UGGGCUUAGGUCCGUUUACUGAAGAAGCCAGUAGAAAAGCAGAGUCUUGAUGAGCUCUACUUAAACCCAUUUCCCUUUCUCAUAUACCUAUUGAUAUCUCGCUAGGGUUUUAGAAAAGCUCUCAGAAGUGAACACAGCAAUGGCUUUCUUUGGUAGACUUGGGAAUUUGUUAAGACAGACAGCUAGCAGACAGGUUACUUCAGAGUUGCGGUCGUCCCCUUCCUUAUUCCAGGCCAUACGCGGUUUCUCUUCCGCUCCAAGCUCCAAGCUGUUUAUAGGAGGUGUUUCGUUUUCCACUGAUGAGCAAAGCUUGAGGGAAGCUUUUUCAAAAUAUGGUGAAGUUGUUGAUGCAAGGAUAAUUAUGGAUCGUGAAACUGGUAGAUCCAGGGGGUUUGGAUUUAUUACAUACACGUCUGUUGAGGAGGCAUCGAGUGCUAUCCAGGCCUUGGAUGGUCAGGACCUUCAUGGUCGCCAGAUUAGGGUAAAUUAUGCUAAUGAAAGACCGCGAGGUGGUGGCUAUGGCGGUGGAUAUGGUGGUGGAUAUGGCGCUGGAGGUGGUGGUGGCUAUGGAGGUGCAUAUGGUGGUGGUGGCGGCUAUGGUGGAAAUGUUGCUGGUGGUUAUGGAGGUGGUGGUGGCUAUGGUGGAAAUGCUGGAGGUGGUUAUGGUGGUGGUAGCUAUGGUGGAAAUGCUGGAGGUGGUUAUGGUGGUGGUGCCGGUGGCUAUGCAUCAGGCGGCAAUUUUGGGGACAGUGGCUCUGGGAAUAACUAUCCUGCUGCUGACAAUUUUGGAACUAGUGGUGCUGGUGGCAGCUACAGUGGGAAUUUUGGUGAUGCUGGUGGAAUAGGAAAUCAUGAAAGCUCUGGUGGUUUUGGCAGUAGUGGAUAUGAUGGAAGUGCUGUGGAUGGUAGCGGUGCAAGUACUGGAACCAGCUUUGCUGAUGGAAGUGGAGGGUUAGGCGGUGGUCAAUUUGAUAGCAAAGCAAGCAGCAAUGGAGAUGAGGAUUUUGGAGAUUAUAGGGAUGACAAGGACGAUGCUGAUAAUUUUGCCAAAAGGGCUUGAUGGAAUUUAUGGUUGGUAGUUUUCUAUUCGAAUUAUGAAUCCUACAUGUUCCUAAAUCUCUUUGACUAUCAACCCUAUGUGCAUUUCAGGCAUGUUAUGGCACAGCUGGACAUGGCUGGGAAGGAUGUAUUGUAGGAUAAUUUUAAGCUUGUUUCUUCCUUUAUUUUCGUAAAGAUUCAGCUAUCUCAUUUUUGUUGCUUACAUUGAGGUGAUUUUAUUAUUAACCAAAACGAUAUCCUCAUACAACAUGUAAAUCUAUGAAUUGUUGCUAGUUGCAACAAUAAUCAAAGACUUGUGUGAGAAUUUUAUGAUCAGUUUAUUCAUUUCAAGCGA